AUGCCGCUGAGCGAGGCAGAAGUGAAUCCCAAAGCUUACCCACUGGCUGAUGCACAGCUCACCAAAACACUACUGGAUCUUGUGCAGCAAUCCUGCAACUACAAGCAGCUACGUAAGGGAGCCAAUGAAGCCACCAAAACACUGAACCGAGGAAUAGCAGAAUUCAUUGUGAUGGCUGCAGAUGCUGAGCCCUUGGAGAUCAUCCUACACCUUCCACUUCUCUGCGAGGACAAGAACGUGCCCUAUGUCUUUGUGCGCUCCAAGCAGGCCCUGGGCCGGGCAUGUGGUGUCUCUCGGCCUGUCAUUGCCUGUUCGAUCACCAUCAAGGAGGGAUCACAGCUAAAGCCUCAGAUCCAGUCUGUCCAGCAAGCUAUAGAAAGACUUUUGGUCUAAAUGCCCAUGAGCUUAAGUUUGUGUGGAAUAGGACAAGCUGGAGUUGGGGGAAAUAAUGUUUAGCUGUAGUUGAUGAGGUAAUAGUUUUGAUAUCAAUGUUUCAUUUCAAAACACCUUUUUUUUUUAUUUGUUUAAUAGUGACUUAAUUCUGAAAGUGUUUCUGCCUCUUCUCCCCCUUUUUUUCCUAUUCUUCCACUCCAACACAGUCGUCAUUGUAUUACUUCUUAAAAAGUGAUUGUACAGCUGUAUUCCCUGUUUGAUGUUUAAAGGGGGGGGGAGGGGAGGAAAAAAAAAAAAACGCUUUAUCUCAAUGUCUGCCUGCUCAGGGCUUUAAUGUACCCGUUAGCUUCCUUUGUGCUGCAGUUUUCUGCCGAGUGUUUAACUAACGAAUGUAGAUCCCCAGCACAACUUGUGCAUUUAGACUGCUGGAGGUGUUGCUUUAAAGUGAUGAAGCAGCGUAGCCCACGUAUAAGGCAGACAGUGGCUACUGUGUAGCAGCGGAUGGAGCCAAGAUCAAGCCACUACACACAGCACAACCUUUUUUUUCUUCUUGAAACCAGACAAGGGACUUCUAUAAGAGGUGUAUGGGGAGCAGAAAUUUCAUGGCAACGCACAAGGUGAAAUCUCUGAUCUUGCUUUUGUUUUUAAAUACUGACUUUUUAAGAAAAAUAAAAAUGCUGACAAAGAUAUA